CCUCGCGCUCCCGCCGCCCGAGCCGACAUGAGCGAGGCGGAUCGGGUGCCCUCGCCCGCCGCGCCGCCGGUGGUGGCGGUGGACGAGAGGAAAGGGAAGGAGAAGGAGCCAGAGCGCGAGAAGCUGCCGCCCAUCGUGUCGGCGGGCGCCAGCGCGACUGCGGGUUUGGACAGAGGAUCCAAAGGCCAAAUUUCGACUUUCAGCAGUUCUGUUUCAACUGUCAGCCAGAAGCAAGAAGCCGCUGAAAACAGAAGUUCACCCACACACCCUGCUUUCCCUAACAUCAAGAACGUGACAGACCUACCACCAAUUUGCCUUGAUGUUAGACAGAAACAGCGUAUCUCUACAGAUGCAUCAUCUGAAAUAAAGGCCGCAGUUCCUCCAGAAUCUGCCCUUCCUAUCCAGCCCAAAACUAUGAAAGACUUUCAGGAAGAUGUAGAAAAAUCUAAGUCGUCAGGAGAUUGGAAAGCAGUACAUGAUUUUUAUCUAACAACGUUUGAUUCUUUCCCAGAACUAAAUGCUGCAUUUAAGAAAGAUGCCACCACCUCAUUUAAUACCAUUGAAGACUCUGGGAUUAAUGCUAAAUUUGUGAAUGCUGUAUAUGAUGCCUUACUUAAUACUCCUCAAGACAUUCAGAAGACAGUAUUAAAGGGAAUCAUUAACAGCUUGUUACGAGAAUGGAAAGGUCCACGAACAAAAGAUGAUCUUAGAGCAUAUUUUAUACUUUUACAGAAUCCUCAGUUUAAUAACACAUCUACAUACGUCAUCUAUGCUCACUUGCUAAGACAGAUAGCUGCCUUAGUGGAAGCUGACCAUCAUUUCUUAGUCCACUGGGUUAAAAAAUUAUCACAGAAGAGGUUCAAACAAUUGGUAGAGAGAUUGCUGCAGUUUAUUUCUUUACGACUGUUUCCUGCAAAGCCUGAAGAAUUUCCACCCCUAACAAAAUGUUCCUGGUGGAUCCCAUCAGCAUCUAAAGUGCUGGCUUUACUUAAUACUGCAAACAAUUUGGUCCACCCUCCCCUUAUUCCUUAUACCGAUUUCUAUAAUUCUACACUGGAUCACAUUGAUCUCAUGGAGGAAUACCACACCUGGCAGAGCUUUGGAAACUCCCACAGGUUUUCCUUCUGUCAGUACCCAUUCGUUAUUUCUAUAGCUGCAAAAAAAAUCAUUAUUCAGAGAGACUCAGAGCAGCAGAUGAUAAGCAUCGCAAGGCAAAGUCUGGUGGAUAAAGUAUCUCGAAGACAGAGACCUGAUAUGAAUAUGUUAUUUCUAAAUAUGAAAGUAAGGAGGACACAUCUGGUUAGCGAUUCUCUUGAUGAGUUAACCCGGAAAAGAGCAGACUUGAAAAAGAAGUUGAAAGUUACCUUUGUAGGGGAAGCUGGUUUGGAUAUGGGUGGCUUGACUAAAGAAUGGUUCCUUCUUCUAAUUCGCCAAAUUUUUCAUCCAGAUUAUGGCAUGUUUACAUAUCACAAAGAUUCACACUGCCAUUGGUUUAGCAGCUUUAAAUGUGAUAACUAUUCUGAAUUCCGAUUGGUUGGAAUUCUUAUGGGACUAGCUGUUUAUAACAGCAUUACACUGGAUAUUCGUUUCCCCCCCUGCUGUUACAAGAAAUUAUUGAGCCCUCCCAUCGUUCCUAGUGAUCAAAAUACACCAGUGGGCAUCUGCAGUGUCACCACUGAUGACUUAAGUCAAAUUAUGCCUGAGCUGGCCCGUGGAUUAAGUGAACUCCUGUCAUAUGAGGGCAAUGUUGAGGAAGAUUUCUACUCAACAUUCCAGGUUUUUCAGGAAGAAUUUGGAAUAAUUAAGUCCUAUAAUUUAAAGCCAGGUGGUGAAAAAAUUUCAGUUACCAAUCAAAAUAGGAAAGAAUAUGUACAGCUUUAUAUUGACUUUCUUCUCAACAAAUCCAUCUAUAAGCAGUUUGCUGCAUUUUAUUAUGGAUUUCAUAGUGUGUGUGCUUCAAAUGCCCUUAUGCUGCUUCGCCCAGAAGAGGUUGAAAUCCUGGUGUGUGGAAGCCCUGAACUGGACAUGCAUGCUCUGCAGAGAAGUACUCAGUAUGACGGCUACGCGAAAACUGACUCGACUAUAAGAUACUUUUGGGAUGUUGUGCUUGGAUUUCCUCUUGAUCUUCAAAAGAAGUUGCUACAUUUUACUACAGGAAGUGACAGAGUCCCUGUAGGAGGAAUGGCUGAUUUGAAUUUUAAAAUCUCAAAAAAUGAAACUUCUACUAAUUGGUUGCCUGUGGCUCACACCUGCUUCAAUCAACUUUGUCUUCCCCCCUACAAGAGCAAAAAGGACCUGAAACAGAAACUGAUCAUUGGAAUUUCAAAUUCAGAAGGUUUUGGACUUGAGUAACCUAGAAGACUUGAAACAUAUUUUAUAUGUAGCAUUCACUUCCCUCUUAUUGUGCCUUUAACCUUUUCAUGUUUUCGUCUCAAAACACCUUGACAAAGAUCACCAACUUUAAAAUACUGAUUUUUUUUAAAAAAUAAAAUAUGAGUAUGUCAGUGGAGGCAUGAUUUUCUAAAAACACAGACCUUGAUUGAGUGGGGAAAAGACCAGAUGGCAGAGACAGGUGGGUUCAGUCAUUCUUUUUUACAGCACUUUAUCAUUCUCCAUACGUAGCUUGUCGCAAGUGUUCCACUGGGGAGCAACGUGCCGUCAAGAGAGCACCCCUGGGAUGGCACAGUGGAACCUAGUGGCAGAUUAUAUGCGGCAGGACACAGUAGCAACACAGAUAGCUGCAUUAUCAUUCAUGUAAGGCAUGUAGCCAUAUUUUCAUAUAGAGGUAAACAAAAGUAUAACUGCAAAUGCAAUUUACAGGGUUUUUUGAUAUACUGGCUUUCGUCCUAGUAAGAUUCAACUGUUGCUAAAAAGCAUGUAAA